AUAUAAAUGGACUAUAUAAAACAAAAAAUACAUAUAUUCCCCAAAAUCAUUCCAACUUCUAUCUCAAAAUAUUACUACAUACUUAUCUUAAAUGGAUAUUCUUUACUUCCCAAAAGAAGAGGAAGAAGAAAAAGAGUUCCAAGGCAUAACAAAAAAUUGCAAGGAGCUAAUUUUAUCCCUUCCUAAAGUUAAAGGAUGGAGAACACCAAAUCUCUACCUUUUCCAACGUUUUUGGUGUCAACCCAAAGAAAUUCAAGCCAUAAUCUCAGCUCAAACCCACUUUGAAGCUCAUGAUAGUGAUGUGAUCAUUGCUACUAUUCCAAAAUCCGGCACUACUUGGUUAAAAGCUCUUGUUUUUGCCAUCGUAAAUCGACGUCGUUUUGAUGUCAACUCCAUAGACCACCCCUUGUUAAGGUCUAACCCUCAUGACCUUGUACCUUUCUUGGAGUACAAGGUUUAUGCAGAUAAUCAAGUUCCAAAUUUGUCAAAUCUUGAUUCUCCAAGGCUUUUUGCAUCUCAUGUACCUUACACCUCUAAUUGCAAGGUUGUUUGCAUAUGUAGGAACCCUUUUGACACUUUUGUAUCAAUUUGGCAUUUUAUGACUAAUAUUAGGCCUAAUAAUCUUGGGCCUUUCUCAUUAGAAGAGGCCUUUGAUAUGUAUUGUAUGGGUCAAGUAGGAUAUGGUCCAUACUGGGAUCAUAUGCUGGGUUACUGGAAAGAAAGUCUGAAUUCACCUCAAAAGGUUAUGUUUUUGAAAUAUGAAGAUCUGAAAGAGGAUGUGAAUCUUCAAGUUACGAGAUUAGCCGAAUUUUUAGGGUGCCUUUUUUCAGCACAAGAGAAGAGAGAUCAUGUUGUCGAGGAUAUUACAAAGUUGUGUAGUUUUCAAAAUAUGAAGAAUUUGGAAGUUAACAAAGAUGGAAAAUCUAUUCUAAACUUUGAUAACAAGGGCUUAUUUAGGAAAGGUGAGGUGGGGGAUUGGGUUAACCUUCUAAGUGAGGAAAUGGUUGAAAGAUUGAGUCAAAUCAUGGAUGAGAAGUUGGCUGGUACUGGCUUGGAGUUUCCAAACAUAUUGAAGUCUUAGAGUUUGAUGGUUUAUAAUUUGUAUGUGUAUCUUUGUGUUUUAAAAAAUUGCUUAAUAUGUGUUUGUAAUAUCUGUAAACUACUUAUGUUGUCUUA